AUGAAUCCUAAUCAAGCUUGGAAAGCGCACGGCCAUAUAUCAAGAACAACUGCUUACAGAUGGUACGCAGAGGAUCUAAAAAAGGUUAACAAAGAAAUUGAGGACGAUGAAGAGCCAGUUAAGAGAGCAGGUCGACCAAAGAUUUUGAACGAAGACCAUACGAAGCACCUAAAACUAGAAUUUAAAGAUAAUCCAUCAGUAACAAUCGAACAAGCUCAUGAGAGUCUUGUUAAGGCUUUCUCGGGUUUGACUAUCAGCCAAACGACUAUUUACAACUACAUGACCAAUGAUCUUGCCUUGACUUUCAAGAAAGCUCAUUUCCAUUCCAAAGAAAGAGACUCGCCUGAAAACAUUCAAAACCGGUAUGACUGGGUAGUCAAAUGGAGCCAAACCGACAUGGAUUACAUGUCCAACUGUGUUUUCAUUGAUGAGUCAGCUUUCCAUAUUAACUUGAAGCGAACAAUGGCUUGGUCAGAGAAAGGAACUCGAGCUGAAGUGCCUGUACCUCAAACAAGAGCGAAAACUACCACUAUUAUUGGCGCAACUAGCGUAUGGGGAGUGUUGAAUGUUCAAGUGAGGUUGCCUGGAACAUCCAACAAGAAAAGAAAGUUAGCUGGCACUUCUUCUGGAAAAGCAACAACAACUGUGGGUACUGUAACUGGCCACUACUUUAACUUUAUUGCGAAAACGAUUGAUACCAUGGACCAGCAUGAGCAAUUCAAAGAUUUUUAUCUUGUUAUGGACAAUGCACCCAUCCAUACAGCCAAGGAUAUUGAGAGGUAUAUCAUUCAGCGAGGUUACAGAUGUGUUUACCUCCCACCAUACUCCCCUGAGCUUAAUCCUAUUGAGCAAUUCUGGCAUCAUGUGGUCAAGAGUAAACUCAAGAGGGAGAGGCUCUUAAAAACUGAAACACUUUCGACCAGGAUUACCGAUGCAUGCAAUGAUGUAUUGUACAGUGAUCUUGAAGGUUCUGCUCGCUACUCUGUUAAGAAAUUCGAUGUUUGUUUGGCGAAAGAGCCAUUGUAA